GUCCAAUGACGUUUUGUGUGUGGUGUAGGUGUAGUACGUACUCUUAUGAAGAUGGCAGCUCUGCCCUCGCCUACCCAGGUGGCUGGGAACCAUAACCCCAUAUAUGAAUCAUAUUACCUGCUGGUUGAUCCAAACAAUCAUGGAAGUGUUGGUGCUUUAGAUGCAGCUAAGUUUCUAAAAAAGUCUGGCUUAUCAGAUGGAACGCUCAGCAAGAUCUGGGACCUCUCUGAUCCAAAUGGAAAGGGAUAUCUGAACAAACCUGGAUUCUUUGUGGCUCUGAAGCUCGUAUCACUGGCUCAAAACGGGAGAGAUGUCAACAUAGCCAAUAUUCUAACAGAUGUCCCUCCCCCUAAGAUGGCGGACGUUCCUGCAGUGCUACAUAACAACAUCAUAAACUCUGUACAAGCCACACUGAGCGAUUGGGCAGUUAAACCCCACGAGAGAGAAAAGUACGACCAACUCUUUGACUCUCUUCAACCGCUCAAUGGAGUCAUUCCAGGGAACAAGGUCAAGGGGCUUUUGUUGGAUUCCAAGCUACCAAUGGACACGCUAGGGAAGAUAUGGGAUCUGGCGGAUAUGGAUAAAGAUGGAAGUCUGGACAGACAUGAGUUUGUAGUGGCAAUGCACUUGGUUUACAAAGCGUUGGAAAAGUACGCAAUCCCUAACAGCGUACCUCCUGAACUGCUGCCUCCAGGGAAGAGGAAAGAUCCUCUACAUGCAGCUCCUGCACCUAUCAUACCCAUAGCACCCAUCACAAAACCUGUGGAGCAUGCUAAGCCGGCCGUGCCACCAGCUCCCCAGGCACCGUGGGUAGUUAGUGCUGAAGAGAGACAAAGAUAUGACGUUAUGUUUCACCACGCUGACGUGGACAAAGACGGCUUCGUCUCGGGACAUGAGAUCAAAAAUGUAUUUCUGCAGUCGGGCGUUCCACAACAAGUGCUCGCUCACAUAUGGGGCCUAUGUGACAUGAAGCAAACGGGUAAACUGAAUGGGGAACAGUUUGCCCUGGCUAUGUGGCUUAUCAGUCAGAAACUACAAGGGAAAGAUCCUCCACCAGCCCUUACACCUGAGAUGAUACCACCCAGUGCGAGGGGGAAAUCUGCAGAAAACCAGCCUAUUAAAAAUGUUAUUGAGGCCUAUCCUAAAUCAAACGGAGCAGUAAAUCCUUACCAAAAACAAGACAAAAGAAGAAGAAUGUUAAUAAUCUGGAUUUAACUAUUUUAAUUGAAAAUGCAAUGUAAAGUUUACCCUACCAAAUUGAAAUCUAGUUCACUAGCGUGGAAUAGACAAUCAAGUUCCAAUAAGGUGGAAGAAAAAGUAAAAGAAAAAUUAGUACCAAAUGUAGUUAUUGAGGGAUGGUAAAUAACUCAUUGUAAGAGAAGAAGGAAAUGGACGAAACUGCAAAUGAUAUCCCUUCUCCUGGUCGAAACGGAACAAGAAAUAAUAGUCUUUGUAGAAAUUCAAAUAUUAUUCCCGAAUUUAAUGAAGAAGUUAUCAUUUAUAUCAAACUACGUAGAUAAAAGUAAUCAAAGCAUACCUGGAAAAUAAAAAAUGUAUUUAACCAAAAAUAUUCAAUAGAUUUUUUAAUCAGGUGUGUGGCUGUGUACAGUUCUUGUAAACAUCAUUUUGGAAAUAGUCUUAAUGUAGUACCAAUUUGUCAAAUAAAUAAAAAUAACAAGUAUCUAUAAA